AAGGUGGGGCGCACCUCCCAUGACGUCACGCGACGAUACCAUAAACCCGUUCGAAAGGCAAAUGUUUUCAAGCUGCUAAUGAUCCUGUUCAAGGUGCUGCUCCUAAUCCUUUGUGUGGACGAACAGCUGCUGUGAUAAACGACUAUUUGAGCGGCGUCAUGGCUCCGUUCACUGCCGUUGUUCUCCUCCUCGCUGCUCUGCGCGGCUGCGACGGCAACCUGCGCUUUGCCUCCUACUAUGGAGACGACAUGGUGCUACAGAAAGCCCCGCAGAGAGCCGUGCUGUGGGGAUACGCUCCUGCUGGGGCAACGGUCACCGUCUUCCUGUCCGGUCCAGUCAAACAGAAACGCGCGUGCACCUCAGCGACUCAAGGUAUUUGGCGAGUCCUACUGGAUCCCGUUGACGCUGGCGGUCCCUACAAUGUGACUGCAAGCACUCCGUCCAGCACAGCUGUUCUGACUGAUGUGCUCUUUGGAGACAUCUGGCUGUGUGGAGGCCAGAGCAACAUGUACUUCAAAACAUCUCAGGUUUUUAAUGCGUCAGAGGAGCUGGCACUUUCUGCUAAAUAUCCUCAUGUGAGGACAUUUAUGGCAGCGUUGAACUCCAGCGAAACAGAGCUGAUUGAUUUAAUCCAAGUGGAGCUGCCCUGGUCUGUGCCUUCUGCAAGGAUUUUGUCCGAGUUUUCCGCUGUGUGCUGGCUCUUCGGACGCUACAUGUUUGAGAAGUUGAAGUACCCCAUCGGGCUGGUGGAAUCCUGCUGGGGAGGCACAUCAGUGGAAGCCUGGUCAUCACCGAGAGCCUUGAAGCAGUGUGGACUGCAGCAAACUGAGAACAGUACUAAGGAGAAAAGCUCUGUCCUGUGGAACGCAAUGAUCCACCCAUUUCGGACCAUGACCAUUUAUGGAGCCAUCUGGUAUCAAGGUGAAGCAAAUGCAGACUACAAUAAGAACAAGUACAACUGCUCCUUCCCCGCUAUGAUCGAUGACUGGAGGAUGGCGUUUCACAGCGGCUCAGGGGGACAGACUGCAGAUGACUUCCCCUUUGGGUUUGUUCAACUGUGCACAAACAACAAAGGCGCCACAGACGACGGCUUUCCUGACAUCCGCUGGCACCAAACCGCAGACGUGGGCUUCGUUCCGAACUACCCGAUGAAGAAAACCUUCAUGGCUGUGACUCUUGAUUUGCCAGAUGAGGCGUCGCCCUACGGCACGAUCCAUCCCAGGGACAAACAGGAUGUGGCCUACAGGCUGACUCUGGGUGCCAGAGCGGUGGCCUAUGGAGAACCAGACCUGCUCUUUCGUGGACCUUUUCCUCAACUGAUAUGGGCCUCUGAAACAUUUGUUGAGAUAAACUAUGACCAGUUAGUCUCUGUGAGACCGUCCAAAGAUGUCUUUGAGGUCUGCUGUUCUGUGGUCACGGCUCCGGGCGGUUCCUCGUCCCGCUGGGUUCCGGCUGCUGUCGUUGCCUGGAGUGCGUCCGCCGUGCGGCUAAACGCCUCGUCAUGUCAGCCGUCUGAGGUGGCGGCCCUUCGUUAUGCUUGGAAGGACUGGCCCUGUGGCGUGAAAGCCUGUCCCGUCUACACCGCCAACGGGGUUUUACCCGCACCUCCUUUUAUCGUCCAGAAAUAUGAGGCAGGAAAGAGAAACAUCUGGAAAACAAAAGUAGUAAAUCUAUUCUAAGCUUUAGCGUUGAUUACCGGUGCAGGGUUUGCUUUCCAUCAAACUGAAUCAAUGUGAACAAAUUAUUGAUAUUUGGGAUUCAUUAUUUGUUUUAUGUUUACAAUCUGUGAUGCUAUUUUUGUAAAUAAACAUAGGAAUAUUUUCAAAGUUGAACCACACAUUUUAUCUUGUAAAUUGGUUCAACAAUCGGUAGAAGGCGUAUACUUGUAUAGCACUUUUCUACCAACUCAAAGGCCCACGGUGCUUUAGUGUCAGUCCCAUUCACACUGACGGUGGCUCCACUGCCAACCAAUGUUUCGGCAGUGGUUUAAUAAAUCCUCUGCUUAAAAAGCCGAAUUUAGACCUAUCAGAUCCAAAAAAACCUUAGAACAAUCUUGAAGCUUUUUAUUUCUAAAGUCUUGGAGAAAGUGGUCGCGGUCCAACUAAAUAUGUACCUGGAAGAACAUAAUCUAUCCGAUUCUUUUCAAUCUGGCUUUAAGAAGAACCCUUCCACUGAGACAGCUGUCCUAAGAGUUUCUAAUGAUGUGCUUAUUGCAGCUGACUCUGGUCAUUAUACUGUCCUCCUGCUUUUACACUGGAAAUCUGCUUUUGACUCUGUAGAUCAUGACAUCCUCGCAAUGACCACGGUCUCUCUGGGUCAGUUUUACAUCGGUUUAUUUCUUAUCUUAGUGGAAGAGCUUUCAAUGUGGCUGUAUAUUCCUGAUACUCUGCUAUUGAAAGAAAUAACUUGUGGCGUUCCCCAGGGUUCUGUCCUUGGCCCUAUUUUAGUCAUUUUAUAUGAUUUCUCUUUGGAAACAGAUAAUCAAUUCUGCCACAUUUCAUAUCAUUUCUAUGCGGACGAUAUCCAGUUCUACUGUUCUUCCCCGCAAAAUAGUACUUAGAAACCACAACAUUUGUUCAAUUGCUUAACGAGCAUUAAAACAUGACAUUACUCUAAAAUUUGGAGAACACAACAUAAAAUCUCUUCUAUCAGACAACACCUCAGGUCUCUGAGCUCUUCUGUCCAGUCAAGCCUCAGAAAUCUAGGGGUGUUUGACAAAUCCUUGUCCCUGGAAGGUAACUCAAAACGGAUAAACUGUUUUUAUCAUCUGAGGAACGUGGCAAAUUUAAAAAGUAUUUUUUCUUAAUCUGACCUGGGAACGCUGUUAUUUCUUCUGGUUUAGAUUACUGCAACUCUUUUUACCUGUUUUAACACUAAACUGUCUUCAGCUAAACUCAGCAGCAAGGCUUUUAACAGGAACCAGAAAUGGUGACAUUGGUUACUCGUCAAGUUUCCAAUUGAUUUUAAAAUGUUACUUUUAGUUUCUAGAGCAUUGCAUGGUCAGGCUCCGGCGUACAUCUCUGACCUUUUAACCCCAUUCUCUUCGGCCCGAUCCUCGAGGUCUUCCAAGCAAAAUCUUUGAAGCGUUCCAAAAACCCGCUUUAGAGGACUUGCUCCUGGUCUUUGGAACGCCCUCCCAUUGUGGCUGCUUCAGAUUGACUGUUUUAAAUCUCAGGUAAAGACGUUUUCAUUCCAAAGAGCUUUUAGUUGAUUUUAUUAUUGUAUUUUAUUGUCUGUGUUUGGAUUUGAUGCUUCUUUUAUAAAGCAUUUUUUGAUUCUG